UCUCCCCUCUUCACUUCCGUUUUCUGUACAGAGCGCUAACGCUUUAGAUUAUAUCUUGAUUGAGAUUAUAGAUUUGAUAUUUUGGUUUGUUAGCACCAGUCGGAAUAUCAUUUAACAGAAAUAAUGGGUGCAGAAGAUGAAAUUCUUAAAAUAGGAAAAAAGCUUGAAAAGCUGAUAUCUAGUAAUACUGCUGAUCAUUCUUCUGCACUGGAUUUAUUAAAAGCCUUGAGGGACACUAAAAUGACUCUUGAGGUCUUACAGAAGACAAGAAUUGGUAUGACAGUGAACAAUUUAAGAAAGGCCAGCAGUAAUGAUGAAGUUGUAUCUUUGGCUAAAACUUUAAUUAAACAUUGGAAAAGACUUUUACCAGCAGAUAGUCCUGGUGGAAUAAGCCGAUCCAACUCCAGGUCAUCUGGUGAUGCCAGCAGUCAGCGAAUGGAUGAAACCUCUAAUGAUGGAACAGAAGAAAGUAAAGGGGACUCAAGCAAAGAUGGCCAGUCAGGUCAAACAAGAACUCAGAAUACAACAGAUGCAGUGAGAAUAAAGUGUCGAGAAUUAUUAUCCAAUGCUUUGAAAGCAAGUGAAAUACCAGAUGGUGCCCACAAUCCAGAUGAAUUGGCAGCCUCUAUUGAGGAUGCAAUAUUUGAGGAGUUUGGCAAUACUGAGAUGAAAUACAAAAAUCGAGUGAGAAGCAGAGUAGCCAAUUUGAAAGAUGCUAGAAACCCCCAGCUUCGACAGAAUGUCCUUAUUGGUCUCAUUUCAGCACAGAAAAUUGCAUCCAUGUCUGCAGAGGAAAUGGCAAGCAAAGAAAUGAAACAACUCAGAGAAAAGUUGACCAAGGAAGCGAUUGAUGAUCAUCAAAUGGCUAAAACAGGGGGCACAACUACUGAUUUAUUCAAGUGUGGAAAAUGCAGGAAGAAUAAUUGUACUUAUAAUCAGGUUCAGACAAGAAGUGCAGAUGAGCCUAUGACAACAUUUGUAUUUUGUAAUGAAUGUGGUAACAGGUGGAAGUUUUGUUAAUGUUCUGGCACUAUUUCAUCACACAUCACUAAUUGAACAGCUUAUUCACCGGACUUCAUGGAUCACUUCAUCAUUAUUUGUAUGUACUAGUGAGAAAGAUUGACAUAGUAAUUACUUUGUACAGUAAAUUUGUCUAGGCUAACCUACAGAUGAUUCAAGCAGAGAUGCCAAAUAUACAUAUAUAAAUGUAAUGUAGUCUUGUAUAGAUUACAUUUUUUAAUCAUCAUUUUUAUGUUUUUAAAAAAAAGAUCUUAUUUAUCAAUUAGUAGGUACCACACAAUAACAAAUGAAUUUAUCUACAGCCUCCCUGGAAAUCAGUUUAUAAUAAAAUAUUUUGUACUUAGUUUCAGUAGGUCAGUGAAAUGUUCAAGAAAAGUUUCUAAACAUAUGACAAUGAAUAAGCAAGUCUGUGUGCAAGUAGCUGUCUUGAACAUUCAAACCAUAAUAUUAGCAUGAGUUUAAAACAAAAUCUGCUUUGGUUUUACCAUUGACAUAAAGCAUUUGUAACCAUAAGUAGUAUUUAGUUGGUUGAUCAAAACUUCUUAUUGGUCAAACUAAUGUUAGUAGACAUGAUAGCAUCUUGAAAUUUAAGUAAAUACUUAACACUUUUAAAGUUAAACAACAUAAUUAAUCGGGCCUAUUUGAAUUUUUAAUAAUCUGUAUGAACACACGCAGGACUUGUUAUUUGCAUGAUAUAGCCAUAUAACAGUGAAAAUAUUUGAAUAGUUUUAUCAGAUGGGCCCUUAAUUCUUGUGAUGUCUUCAAUUAGGGGAGAUGAAUCUUAACUGUCCCAUGUAUAUUAUGUAGCCUAUGUGUGUUUCUGCACAGUGGUUGUUUCCUGUAAGUGUAUAUAUUCAAAUAAAAUGUAUGUAGAUUAUAAUUUUGGAAACCUGAAAUUGGAGUUCAAUUUUAUAUGUUCAUAUAUAUAUAUAUAUAUAUAUAUAUAUAUAUAUAUAUAUAUAUAUAUAUAUAUAUAUAUAUAUAUAUAUAUAUAUUCAACCCCCAGUUACAUUAAUAUUGUGAAAUAUAAAGUUAAUUAUACCUUUUUCUAAAAAUGUAAAUAGGAAGGAACAUUCAGUCAAAUUUUUCCAGAAUGAUUUGCCUGGUUGAAAAAAAAAGUUUUUUUAUCAGAAAGAAAAAUUAUUACCGUAUUUAUUAAUUGUCCUUUUUUAAUGAAAAUUUAGAAUGUAAUUUUGUAAAAAAUAAAUAAAUCAGAAUCUGCAUCUAAUUUUCAUGUCUGUUAAGAUAUUUUGAAAUUAAUCAUCACACAUUUGUUAUGUUGGAUAGAAUUUAUUUUCAUUUUAAUAAAUUGUUUGUGGCCCAUCUCAGUCAUUGUUCUUGAGGUAAUCAAAAAGGUACUUUCUUUGAAAUACUUCAUUAAGCACAUUAUUUGGUCAUUUAUUUGGUCAUAUUGAUCUUGGUCUAUGUCCCUAGUAAAUUUUUUGUUUUCUUUCCAUCUAAAUAAAAUGUUUUCUUUUUCCCUUAUGAAUUUCCUCUCCUUAGGAUGGUGUGUGUGUGUGUGCCUGUAUAAAAUGAGAAUUUGUUUUAUUGUGUUGAUCACCUUGUUAGAGGACUCAGAUGUUUUCCUAAGCUUCUCUUGUAGGACAGUUGGGAAUGUACCAGAUGCCACCCUCUUUUUCAAGUUGACUUAACAAAAGGCUAACAGUGACCAGCUAGCCGCUACUGCACUGAAGAAGACUGAAGAACUAAAUAAAUGGACCAAUAUGUCAGUCAUCAGCAGUGGGUGUUAGUCUCAUAUUUUUAUAGACAAGUGAAAAGUAACAUAAAAUGAAAUCUGAUAUAAAUGAACAUUGCAUUUAUUAUUUGUCUCCUAUUUGUUUGCAUGAAUGAAAUAGAGUUUGGGUUCAGACUUGCCUCUGAAUGUACUUUUAAUACACUUUAGUUCAUUACUUGGGAACUAUUGGUGUUUGUAAUGAGCGGUGAUUUCAAUGUGUGAAUUGUUUUGUUUUUUUAUUAGAACAGUACAAAAUAAAAAAAAAGCAUUUGA